ACAGAACAGUGCCAAACAGCCCUGGAUAUAGUACUUUUUUUGGUAAGCUCUGGCCACCGCUGCGGUACCUACUCGCCACUCGCCACUCGCCGAAGUCAACUAGAGCACGCUGCACGCUCUUCACAACAAUCGAGUAGUUGUUGGCCGCGCCUAUAUGUGGCGUGUCGUUACGUGUGCGCUAACUAGUCGGAUCGAGUCAACUAGCCAUCAGCCAGCUUCUCCAUCAACGCCGACGGCGAUGGCGGGCGACACCGACACGGAGGCGCCGCACGUCGUGGAGGACUGCCGCGGCGUGCUGCAGGUGCUCAGCGACGGGACGACCGUCCGCUCCGCCGCGGCGCCGUACGCGGUGGAGGACCGCGACGACGGCCGCGUCGAGUGGAGGGACGCCGUGUACCACCCGGCCCACGGCCUCGGCGUGCGCAUGUACAGGCCGCCGCGCCGGGAAGGGAAGGGGCCGCUGCCGUUGCUGGCCUACUUCCACGGCGGCGGCUUCUGCAUCGGCAGCCGCGCCUGGCCCUCCGUCCACGCCUGCUGCCUCCGCUUCGCCCACGAGCUCCCCGCCGUCGUGCUCUCCUUCGACUACCGCCUCGCGCCCGAGCACCGCCUCCCGGCCGCCCACGAGGACGCCGCCACCGCCCUCGCCUGGCUCCGCGACCGCCUCACCGGCAUGACCCCCGGGCUUGCUGACGGGUCUGGGUCUGACGAGGACGUCCGCGCCUGGCUCGCCGGCUCUGGCGCCGACCCGGGGAGGCUCUUCGUGUCCGGUGACUCCGCCGGCGCCAACAUCGCGCACCACAUGGCCGCGCGGUUCGGCGCGGCGGGAGCGGGGCUCGGCUCCGUCAGGAUCGCCGGGUACGUCCUCAUCAUGCCGGCCUUCACCUCGGAGGCGCCGACGCAGUCCGAGCUGAGCUCGCGGGGCACCGCGUUCCUGAGCAGGGACGUGGCCGAGCGGUACAGCCGGCUCGCGCUGCCGGCCGGCGCCAACAAGGACUACCCGCUGAUGAACCCGCUCGGGCCGGACAGCCCGGGCCUGGUCGUCGUCGGCGGCCGCGUGCUGGUCGUCGUCGGCGGCGAGGACAUGCUCAAGGACAACCAGGUCCGGUACGCGGAGCGGAUGAAGGCCGUGGGGAACGACGUGGAGCUCGUCGUGUUCGACGGCAAGGAGCACGGUUUCUUCUCGAGGGACCCGUGGUCGGAGACCGGCGGCGAGGUCGUGCGAGUCGUCCGGCGGUUCAUGGACAGAGACGCAGCCGAUUUGGUUCAGCCUGCCGACGGUCAGCAUUGAUUGAUGUGGUAGCAGUGUGUUUUACUAAUAUCCAUGCAGUUCGCAUGCUUUUUGGAUAAAUCUUUUGUUAGCUCACAAUGAUCAAUAAGUAUGAAUUUUUUAUAGACGCCGUUUUUAUUAAUUCAAAAUGUAGCAUCAAACAUGUGCUCUAUUUGUUGGGGGAAA